AUGGCCUACGUCCAUCCCCACAAGCGCCACUCGAGCACCUCCGAGCCCGCCCCAAUCCCUUCCCCGCCCACUUCCUCCCUCCAUUCCCUCUCCAUCUCCUCCCCUCGCGGGCGUCACCACGUUCCCCCGUCCAACAAGAUCAUCCACGCCGCAGACUGCGUCUCCCGUUGGUCCCCGCUCCCGCCCUUCUCCGACGACGCUGAAUCUGUCCGCCUCGAGACCUCCCCCUGCUACACCGUCGAGCGCAUGUCCGGCGCCAAGCCCCUCGUCCUUGCCCUCUCCUCCCCAUCCUCCAGCUCCACGGAGGCCGAGGUCGCGGCCGUCGCCAUCACCGAGAGGUUCUUGCCGGACCUCCUAGACGCGGUGGAGAGGGCGAGGGCGAGGACGCACGAUGUGCCGAGGGAUGACGAGGAGGCAAAACUCUGUCUGGUGGCAAGGGUGGGCAAGGUCUUCUUCCAACGUUUUUGUGUUGAUGGAUCGCUCGUCUCCCUGGACGCCGUCCGCGACCUCGCAGAGGCAGGGGCAGAAGGAUCCAAUAGCCAGGUCCGUAAAACGUUCUAUACGAAUGUACCCAGUGAUUUCUUGGAUGAUAUGGAGCGAUUCGCUGUGAAGACGAUGGGCCUGGAGUUCGUUUCAACAAAAGAGCACUACCAUGUCAAGGUGGUCGACAAGCAGGGAAUGGUUUCCAAGAUGUCUUGCAAAUGCACUGUGCAAGAAGAUGGGAAGCUUGCAAUCUGCAAGAUUGAAUUGAACCAGAUACAACCCUUAUUGGAAGACGUAUCCUGCCUGUCGAAAGAUCUUGAUUUAAGGCUGAUGUUGAAUACGAAUAGGAUCCUAAUAGACCCUGAAGUGGAAAAUGCCAUCAAGAGCUUAGUCUCUUCAGCUCUUGUAGAUCCUAAUGCCAGAGGGGGGUUUAGACGGCCACUUGGGAAUAAGUUGAUAGAUGAGAGGUUCAGCAUAGCUGGAGUGUGGCGUACAAACUACAAGACUUUUGGGAAUAAAUCCUCCAAGAUGUAUCUAAGGCAUACUGGCCGGUUUGUCCAAGGGAGCUCCACUGGAGAGGUUUCCAAUGAAGUUAGCUUCAAAUUAGCUGGCAUAUCCAAGAGACUGCAGGACGGCGGCAAUCAAGAAGGGGACACUCUAAAAGGGAUGCUAGAGUCUGCGGUGCGGAUGAUCUGGGACUAUGCUUUGAGUUAUCAUAAAUCUUAG